UCGCGCAGGAGGCGAGGCUGUCCAGUGGCGGUCCCAGCGCCUCGAGGUCGGAGCUGAGGGGCCGUACGGCCUUCCGCCGGAAGUGCGCCGGGGUCGCCGUGCGGGCGCGGAGUGGCGCGGAGCUCAGUCUCGGCGCUCGAGCCGCCCCGAGCCGAAAGGGGAUGCCGGGCUGCGGGCCGAGCCGCUCCUCGCGCCCGCGGGGCCUCUGACCGCCGGAAAGCCGUGUCCCCCCGCAGGGCGCGGCAUGGGCUUCCUGACGGCAGUGACGCAGGGCCUGGUGCGCGGCGCCGACCGGAUGAGCCGCUGGACCAGCAAGCGCGGGCCGCGCACCUUCUACAAGAGCCGCGGCGCCAAGAGAACCGGCGUCCUCGCCCCCGGCCGCAAGUUCGUGCAGAUCAAGGAAAUGGUCCCAGAGUUCGUGGUUCCAGACCUGACUGGCUUCAAGCUCAAGCCCUACGUGAACUACCGCACUCCCGCAGGCACGGAGGCGCCGCUGACUGCCCGAGCGCUCUUCCUGGAAGCCGUUGCACCUGCUAUCGAAAAGGACUUUAAAAAAGGCGCUUUCGAUCCCGACCGCCUUGAGAAGUAUGGCUUCGAGCCCACCCAGGAAGGCAAACUCUUCCAGCUGUAUCCCAAGAAUUUCCCACGCUAGAAAGCAGUGUCCACAGGCUUCUCUCGGCCGGAGCCCAUACUAACCCAACCUCAGAUCACCAGUCUCGGGGGAGGUAUGGGGAAGCGUCUUCAUGCUUGUCUAUUAAAGGCCUUUGUUACCCUGUA